GAAGAUAGCAGUAAGGUCACUGACAGCAAUGGCUCAUCUUACUUUUCUUCUCCUUUUACUGUGGGUUGCUGUCACAGUGAGCACAGUGGUGGAUCUGCAAAAGAGAAUCUAUGGUGGGACUGACUGUAAUCAAAACGAGCGCCAAUACCAUGUCAGCCUGACAUUAUAUGCUGAUGGAAGUUGCAGUCACUGUGGUGGCUCUCUGAUUAGAAACCAGUGGAUUCUAACUGCAGCUCACUGCAAGAGUAGACCAAUGUUUGCAGUUGUAGGUGUGCAUGCAGGACAACGAAAUGUACAGAGAAUUGAAGAAAACAAUAUAAUCACCCAUCAACAUGAUGACAUCAUGCUUGUGAAGUUACCAAAUCCCACUGCUGGCAUUCCAACUGUUCCCUACUGCCCAAAUAUUAAUGAUGACCCAACAAUAGGUAAUAAUGUGCAGGUCGCUGGUCAUUCUACCCAUAUAAUAGAUCAACAAGGUUUCAUAGUUCCUGAUUUUCCAAGUAAUCUCAAAUGUGCAACAAUGGAUGUUGUCAACUGUGACAAUCCAUUUUGGAAUACAUUUUACCAGCAAAAUCCUUAUUUACCUCAUGUACCUCAACAAAAUAGGUUGUGUUUACAAAGACAUGGGGUGGAUGUUCGUCCUGGUGAUUCUGGUGGCGGAGUGAUACACAGGAAUAAUCUGUAUGGUGUAAUCGUUGCUACAGGUUUAAAUGUCUGUACUUGCCAAACUCUUUCCAUAAGGGUCUGUCCUUACAUGACCUGGAUAAAUCAGAAUGCUGUCUGAAAAUGAGUAAAUGUUUAUAAUAAACAAUUAACAGUGCAAGAAACUUGUGUUAUGUGUAUUCCUUCUACCGUAGAAUAUCUCUACAUGGUAAUUGCUAGCAUGUCGGUUCACACCGAGACUAGGUAAAGAGAAAAAAAAUGGUAGAAAACUGAGCUUUUAGUCUCACAUUGUGACUUUGGUCUAAAAUAU